AUGGCGUCUCCCAAUGAAAGGGCAGAUCCGAUUCCGAGCGGUAUGUUCGCCACGGCACGUCAGUCCAUUGGAGAUAUCUUCAUCUGGAAGCAGCGUGUCGAGGUGACCAAUGAACAAGGAGAGACAUACGCAGAAUGGCAGACCCCAGAGCGUAUCCAGAACCCCUUCAGUCUGAUGGCACAGCUUUCAGCUCGAGACUGGGUGUUCUUCCUGGUGGGACUCAUUGCCUGGACUGCCGAUGCAUUCGACUUCCAUGCGCUCUCCAUCCAGACAAAGAAGCUGGCGGAUUACUACGGCAGAUCCAAAACAGAUAUUUCAACUGCCAUUACUCUGACUCUGCUUCUGAGAAGUGUAGGAGCUGCGUUCUUUGGUCUCGCUGGUGAUAAAUAUGGUCGUAAAUGGCCUAUGGUACUCAAUAUGAUCAUUCUGGGAAUCUUGCAAAUUGCCACGAUUUAUAGUAAGACCUUCCAGCAGUUCUUGGCUGUGCGAAGCCUCUUCGGUCUUUUCAUGGGUGGUGUUUAUGGAAAUGCUAUUUCCAUGGCUUUGGAACAUUGCCCUGUCAAUGCGAGAGGUCUUAUGUCUGGAAUCCUUCAACAAGGAUAUUCGCUUGGAUAUGUGUUUGCGGCAUGUGCCAACCUUGGUGUUGGUGGUGAAACAGAUAGUUGGAAGACCGUAUUCUGGAUUGCAGCCGGUAUCUCAAUUGCAGUUGGUUUCGUUCGCAUUUGUUUCCCUGAGUCACAGUCCUUCAUCGAAGCCAAGAAAGCCGGCAAGCGAACAAUGACCGCAGGCGAGUUUUGGCGUGAAACAAUAAGCAUGUUGGGCAAGGAGUGGCGUAUGUGCAUCUACUGUAUCAUUCUCAUGACCUGGUUUAAUUUCUAUUCCCACACAUCCCAAGACUCGUACACCACAUUCAUGCUCACUGCAAAGGAGCUCAAAAAUGACGGUGCUUCGCGAGCUUCUAUUCUGAUGAAGACUGGGGCCUGUGUGGGCGGAACCAUCAUCGGCUACCUGUCCCAGUUCUUCGGUCGUCGCCGAGCAAUCAUCUUCGCCGCCUUGAUGUCUGGAGUCCUCAUCCCGGCAUGGAUCCUCCCGGAAAGCGAGAGGUCUCUGAGCGCGACAGGAUUCUUCAUGCAGUUCUUCGUUCAGGGAGCAUGGGGCGUGAUCCCCGUUCAUCUAAACGAACUGUCACCCCCGGCAUUCCGCUCUUCGUUCACAGGUCUAACAUACCAAAUUGGAAAUAUGAUUUCCUCGCCAUCGGCACAGAUUGUGAACGCAAUCUCUGAAUCCACUUUUAUCACUAGUGCAUCUGGUCAUCGUGUUGAGGCCUAUGGGCCUGUGAUGGGAGUUGCCACUGCCAUUAUUGCUUUUGGUAUCAUGGUCACUACCGCUGUUGGUCCUGAGAAACGUGGCCGCCGGUUCGAAACCGUUGUGGCCGGAGUGGACGAAACUGCCACCAAAACCAUGGAUUUGGAAACAGGUGCAGGUGAUCAUAAGCCAAGUGAUCAGACCAUUGAGAUGGCGGAUCAGAAAAAGUAA